UCUUCUCGGCAACAGACACGCGUUCAUCGGAUUCACAGACACUUAAAAGAAACAAAACCAAUAGAUGAGUUCAAGAGACAAGGACCAAACGACUCCGCAUCAUCAACCGCUACUCAGUAGCCUAGUUGUACGUCCCUCCGUGGGCGAUGGGGGCGGUGACGGUGGCGGUCGCCGCGAAUACGAGCCUGGCGAAGUUCGCCGUGAUCCACCUCCAGCUUAUCGCUCCGAUCGGUACUCUGAUGAGCCCGCAUGAUAUUUUCUCAAGUUUCUCGAAUAUAUCAAGAUAUAGAACUCGUGUAGGUUCUGUUUCCCCUGUACGGCGUAGGGAUGUCGAUCAUCGAUAUAGCUCUAAUUUUGAUCAUUCCAGGGGUAUGCCACACAGUCACAAAUUUGGCAGUGGAAGGGAUCAUGGUAGAUAUAGAGACCCUUCACCACCUUAUGCUCAAGGAAGGGGUGGCGGCAGGUCUUUUGGCAGAGAUUUUGGUGGACCUGCACUUGGUCCUGGGCCUUUAAGAGGUGAAGGUAUGAAUCGGAAUAAUCCAAAUGUGCGACCACGGGAAGGAGACUGGACCUGCCCUGAUCCUUCAUGUGGCAACCUGAACUUUGCUAGGCGAGAGUACUGUAACAAUUGCAAGAGAUUUCGCUAUGCACCUGUUGGAAGUCCUAGAAGGGGUUACUCAGGCCCUCCACCACCACCACCACUGGCUCCUCCUUCUAGGCGAUUUUCUGGUCCUCCUAUGGAUAUUUCCUCUGACAGACCCAUGAAUGGCUUUAGGUCGCCUCCUCGUGGGUGGGGCAUGAGUGGCCAUGGCCCUAGAGAGUUUGGAGCUGGUGGACCACCACCUUCACGGCAUGAAGGCAGGUUUUCUGAUCACAUGCGGAGGGAUCGGCUUGAUUUACCAGAUUAUGGUUACCGAGGAAGGAACAAGCCAAUGCCACCUAUGGAUUGGAGCCAUAGAGACCGUGGAAGGGACAACUUCAAUGAAAGGAAAGGCUAUGAUAGACGGGCACCCUCUCCCCCUCCGGCUGCACUAGUUCCUCCACACCGUGGGCGAUGGGGGCAAGAUAUGCGAGAGAGGAGCAGAUCUCCCAUUAGAGGUGCACCUCCACCAAAAGGCUAUCAUCAAGAUAUGUACAUGGAACGGGGUAGAAAUGAUGGAAGAGGCGUCCGGCGUGACGGAAUCAGAAAUGCGUAUUAGCAUGGAUAGGAAAAGAUAUUAGAACCCAGAGGACAGCUUAGGAUUCUAGUGCUUUAAAUUCCAUUCCAAGUUCCCAUGAUAAUUUUGUUAGACCCUUAACAAUUCAAUAUCUAUCAAGAUUUUCUUUCCA